AUGGAACUACUCAACAAAUUCGUUAGGGGCACAAGUGGAAUGCCUAUCACCCAACUCUCACUGCUGCUACUCGGAAUCUUGAUGAAGGUAGUGAAGGCCGCACUUGAGGAAGCCGGUGAAGAAGUUGGUCAAGAGAUAGCCGAAUCACUUCCAGAACCCGUGGAGACCAUAUCCAACAAAGUGGUUGAGAAUGUAGUUCAAAAGGAUGGCGGCAUAUCUAUUUUAGGAAGCCGUUUUUCGAGGAUGGAAGUUGCCUUCGGAAUUCUCGGCAUACUGAUACUAAUACUAUUCAUCGUCGCCGUCCACAACUUUAAUGGCAGUACCGCCUCUUGGGCAUGUAUGGCGUUAGAAUUUAUUCUUUUACUUCCAUUCCUCUACUGCGCCUAUCGCCUACAUCUCCUCGACCGCAUCAUAGGAAUGUUUAAGCGCACACCCAAGCACAUUGCCGCCGCUGAUAAUAUCAGACACAACAUACAAGAUUAG